AUGUCUACAGGGGACGGCCACGUCACCACGACUCCCGGUACCCCCAGCAUGGUACAAGAGCCCACUUCCGUGACCGCUGUUAGCGUUAAACUUCCACCGUUUUGGGACCGGAACCCAGCCACCUGGUUUAUUCAGGCCGAGGCCCAAUUUCAUCUGUCCGGCAUCACAGCCCAGACCACGAAAUUCUAUUACGUCAUCGCAGCGCUCUCUCCAUCCGCCGCCGACGAGGUCUAUGAUGUCAUCGCUUCACCACCUGUGGAUUGCCCGUACGACAAGCUGAAGUCCGCACUUCUCAAGCGAACGACCUGCUCCGACCGCGCACGUCUUCAGCAGCUUCUGUCUGCGGAGGAGCUCGGGGACAGACGCCCCACGCAGCUGUUACGGCGCAUGAAACAAUUGCUCGGUGACGGAGCUGCUUCCACAAGCGACAGCUUCCUGAGAGAACUCUUUCUGCAAAGACUUCCAAGAAAUGUGCAGAUGGUCCUAGCCACUACGACAAACCUUUCAACGGACGAACUCGCCACCCUCGCCGAUGCUGUAAUGGAGGUUGCUAUUCCAUCACCCUCCGUAAUGCAUGUGGAGACACCACACCCUCCUUUCCCAGAGCCCACACCUUCGGCCGUUUCGCAAGUGUCUACCCCCGCACCAACGCAAGACACCUCUCAGCACAUGGCCGCCAUUGACGCAGCAGGUGAACAACCUAACCCACCUUGUCGCGACACUGGCAGCGCGGAGCCGUUCGCCAAGCCCCCGGCGCUUCCGCCGACGAUCGCUCACCCCUCGCGGCCGGCGCAGCCCAAACCCUCGGUCCAACGGCAUGUGCUGGUACCACCAGUGGUUUGGCGCCGAGGCCCGGCACUGUUUCCAACCCUGCUCGUGGUCGGGAAACGCCCCACCCAGUCACUAAUGGCGACAAGUGCAUCGGGUCAACUCGAAAGUCGCCUUUUCUACGUUGUAGACCCGUGUGUCAGGCAGACGCUUUCUCAUAGAUACCGGUGCCGAUGUCAGCGUUAUGCCCGCUAG